AUGGAUCCAGAAGUCGCUCGCAUGAUGGCUGAUCUUGGCGUUGAGCGCCGUGACUACGUCUCUGCUCCUGAGUUUGACAGGGGCCAGACCAUGCACGAGAACCCUACCAUCGCACAGGAGUACGAAGCACGCCGUGACCGUAUCAUUAACAAUGCUCCUGAAGAGAAUGAGGAAGCGAAAUUUCUGCGUAAUUGGAACAACCGUGCAUUGUUCGAGCGUGAUGAGCUCGCCGAGAAUCUCCAAGACCGCUACAGUGGACAGGCCCAUCGUGAAGCACUCAAGGCCGCGGUCGCCAACGGCAGAUACGAGCACGUGGAUGAUGAGCGCCGCCCUCGCAGAUACGUCACAUCCAACGCACCAAACCACAACAGCUUUUCGAGUGACUUCGAGCCUCGCUCGUUCGCUAACAGCAAUCACGCUGGCAAGAGUGGUGGACACGAUGGCAUGCGUGGGCGCUCCGCCAUGAAGACCGCACCCAACCCCAUUUGUGCCCCAUCUCCACGUGCGCAAGGCCGCCUACGCUUCAUUCACGGUCAGCGUGUUGACGUUGCCACUAUGAACGGCACCGCUGGUGCUCUUCCGCCCGCACCCAAGGCACCUGCCGCUGCACGCACCCUCAGCAAUGCCACAAGCACGGCUACACGCAGUCUUCCUGCCGUCCUCACUGCAUCUACAGUUCCGCAGCCCGCUCUCACCUUCACCGAGGAGAUCGCUCUAACGGCCAAGAAGCAUCGCGCCGACUGGUACGCCUUCAAUCCUGGAACGGAAAGCGAUGACUACUACAAGAAGAAUCCUGACGAGAAAGCCCUACUCCGUGCAGCCUACAUCCAGUGCAUUAAGGACGCUCUCAUCGCUGCCAAAAUUCCAGACAGCGACGCUGCUGCCGUCGUGCGUGGUAAGAGCGAGAAGCGUGCCUGGAUGCUGAAGGAAGCUGUCAAAGCUAAGGCUUGGAUCGAGAACAACCAGGUGGCGGAGGCCAAUGAGUAUUACACUGCUCACCCACAGAAGAUCGACUUCUACAAGGCUGCCAAGGUCAAUUUCAAGCCGAAGGUCAACGAUACCACUGCUGCACAGGUCGAGGCACUCGGCGAUGCUUUGAAGUCGACCACGCUCAAUACAGCCGCGACUAUGUCGUCUUCCGCUGUCCAGGCUCUCGUCUUGGAGGACGUCAACAUCAAUAGCGUGGCUCAGAAGGAUGCUACCACCGUCCCUGCUUCAAAGCCCGCCGUGGCUAAUAAUGCUGCUUCCUUGGCUGGGCCAUGCGUCCCUCCUACUGGCGGUACUGGCACUCUCGUAGCGAAGCCGACCUCUCCAAGUCGCGUCAUUCUUUCUGCAGUCUCAAAGAAGGCUGCCAGUGGACACCUCGUCACCACGAAGCCCGCCAUCAUCGAGCACGGGACAGCUAAUGAUGGCUUUGUCGAGACCUCCAAUGGCGUGAAGGACUCAACUACUGCUCCAACUACCAUCGGUGGCGUCAUCCUGGGCACCUUCCCAGGUGACCGCCCCGCUCUUACCAUCGCCGCCGCUAGUCCUCCAACCCAGCAAAAGGAGAACAAUGGGGGCGUGCUCGGCUAUCUCAACGCCUGCAUCCGCGAUGCCCUCGGCAAUCUAAUGAGCAAGCACACUUGGCCGAUCAAUAACCAAGACAAUAUGGACGUCAACGCUGUCGCCUCUCCCCAGGGUCUCAACCCACGUAAUAUCAUCUCGUCCAUGGAGAGUCUGGCCGAGAACUUGCGCAAGAUCAGUGCCAAUGCCAACGCGCAGGCCUCUGCUGACGCUGCCAAGGCGGCCUCUGAGAGUAUCGAGGGGUUCAAGGAUGGUGGGAAGACUGGGUACCAGGGGUUUGAGGCUGAGAUCAUGAACAAGGAGAGUGACUAUGGUGUCCCUUACGGCUUGCAACGUGUGAUGGAGAUCAUGCCUGAUGAGGAUGGACUUUUUGACGAGUGA